GAUAGAGGAGCUUCGCGUGCUUGGAGUGGCACAAACAUGGCCACCUAGUGAAACCAAAACACAAGCGAAACGGCGAUGCUUUAUGCACAAUUCUCGCCUUUAAAUGGUAUACAUGAUCGUGACAGCUCCGCGUUAGUCCGGGAUUUAUAUAUGCCAACCGUGGAGGAUGGCUUCACAAACCCGAUUUACCGGAAUAGUUUCGCUUGAUAACGUUUGAUCUGAUUACAUCACCUGGAUUAUUCCACUAUCCAGAAGAGGCUUUAGCGUUGAGCCUCUUCUUCCUGAGUCUGGGAUUGUGGCCGAUAUCGAGGUGGAAAGCGUUUUCUCCGCCGAUUCGGACGCUUUUUACGAACUGAAGAGUCAGCCUAUUACGCCAAGUGGCUCUCUGACCUCUGCUGACCCCGUGACCCCAGCCGGCUCCGUGAUGACGUCACGAGUGUUGAUGCGGCAGGAGCUGAUGCGACAGCAGGCUCAGGACCAAGAGAGGCGAGAGGCUCAGAAACAGGCCUCCAGUGCUCAGCAGCGCCUCACUGAUAGCACCCCUGCCAUCUCUGUUGCAUCCAACCUGCCAGCAAAGCCCACCCAGGUGCCUGUGGAAGUGCUGAAGGUUCAGACUCACUUGGAAAAUCCAACUAAGUACCACAUCCAGCAGGCUCAGAGGCAGCAAGUCAAGCAAUACCUGUCUCACACCCUGGGCAAUAAAAUAGCCAGUCAGACACUGGCAACGUCGACCCCACCACAGCCCUCAUCCGCCCCUGAGCUGGCACCUGCCGCCAGUAGCACUCCUAGCAGCCCGCUUGCUGUGCUCAGCCUGGGGUCCAACAAAGAAGAGAUCGAAGACGUCAUCGAUGACAUCAUCAGCCUGGAGUCGAGUUUAAACGAUGAAUUUAUGACGCUGAUCGACUCGGGUUUGCAGCUUCCCAGCACGCUGCCAGUCUCAGGGAACCUCCUGGAUGUGUACAGCAGUCAGGGCAUGGCGGCGCCCACCAUCACCGUCAGCAACUCCUGCCCCGCAGACCUGCAGAAUGUCAAGAGAGAAAUGAGCGAUGCUGAGGCAAAAGCUAUUAUGAAGGAGAGGCAGAAGAAAGACAACCAUAACCUGAUUGAGAGAAGAAGAAGGUUCAACAUUAAUGACCGCAUUAAGGAACUUGGAGCUCUGAUUCCAAAGUCCUCUGACCCGGAGUUGCGCUGGAACAAGGGCACCAUAUUAAAGGCGUCAGUCGACUACAUCCGCAAGCUGCAAAAGGAGCAGCAGAGAUCCAAAGAGAUGGAGACCAGACAGAAGAAACUCGAACACGCAAACCGCAGUCUGAUGCUGCGCAUUCAGGAACUGGAAAUGCAAGCUCGGCUCCAUGGCCUCUCGUCAUCUCAGCUCUCAGACUCUCUGACCCAAACACAGACUUUAACACUGGAGCACAACCCCAACACUGACCUCUCCAAAACCCUCCUGUCAAUCACCCAGACCACACCCUCUUCCUUCCUGUCUCCGCCCUCCUCCACCUCAUCAGUUGGCGGGACGGUCACCAGUCCUUUAGAGCUUGGCACACUCAGUUUCGGAGAGUUGGACGACCACACGGCCUCCGUCUUCAGUCCAGCCCUGAUGGCCGAUAUGGGCUUAGGGGAUAUUCUGAUGGAUGACACCGGUGCUCUUUCACCCGUAGGAGGCGCUGAUCCCCUCCUUUCCGCGGUUUCUCCAGGAGCCUCAAAAACAAGCAGUCGUAGAAGUAGCUUCAGCAUGGAGGAAGACUUGUGACGUCUUCAAUUCAGAUGCUAGUUUAUCUGCUUGUGCACUCCAUUGUCGGCCAGUAGAGGGCAGUGUAAUCUUGACGUCUUUGUUAUUCGCUGUACUGUAGACAUCCUCGAGACUCGAUUCUGGAGGAGAUGCAGGUAUAGAAAGCCUUCUGGAUGCUUCAUUUGUUAUCUCAACAACCUCUGAUUAAUAUAUAUAUGUAAAAAAAAGAAUGAAUGAAUGAAUGAAUGAAUAUUAAAGAAUAUAUGUACAUAGAGUAGAGGUAGUGCUAAACAUAUAUUUCGUAUUUCUAAUAUAUAUGAAAAGUAGCACUAUAAUUAUUAACUCCUGACCACCAACCAUAUGAGUUUAAGUGGAUGAAUAGUUUAUUUUUAAGAUCACCUAUACAGUGAGCUUUAAAAGUCUGAGACUGGAAAAUUAGGAAAUAUACAAAAUUAUUUAAAUUAGGUAAAAAAUAUGUAGAGUUAAAGUCAGAAUUAUUAGCCCCCCUGUAUAUUUUUCCCCCAAUUUCUGAUUAAUGGAAAGCUUUUUUUUUUUUUCAGCAAAAUAGUUGUAAUAACUCAUUUCUAAUAACUGAUUUCUUUUGUCUUUGACUAGACAUUUUUCAAGAUCCUAGUAUUCAGCUUAAAGUGCCAUUUAAAGGCUAAACUAAGUGAAUUAGGUUAAUUUAUCAGGUAAUUAGGCAAAUCAUUGUAUAACGAUUGUUUGUUCUGUAGACAAUCAAAAAAAUAUUGCCUAUUAUUUUUAAAAUAUAGCGGCUAAACAUAAUGACCUUGAAAUAGGGCUGGGCUGAUUAAUGAUACUAUAUUGAAUCGCGAUAAAAUUUCUGUCAAUUACAUAAGCUUUGGACUUUUUUUUUUACUAUAUAUUGAUUUAAAAGCCAAUCACACAGCAGAAAUGUGCAACAAUGGGAGUCUAAAAGUGUGUUAAUUUUAAAGAUGUACUGAAUUUUCGGCCACCAAAAAUUUAUCGGCUGAAAUUAUGCCAUUUAAUGGACUCUCUAAUUUUGGUGGCAUCAGUUAUUGUGGGGGUACUCUUUCAACCCAUUAACUACCCCACCAAGAAAAUAAAUGUAUGGAUUGCAUUUCUUAACUCCAGUCGCUAGUUAACACACUCAAUGCAUUUUUUUUCCCAACACUUCUCAUCAUUUCUAAAAUAUCAGCCCUUUACCAAAUGGUUGAUAUGUAAAAGUACCGAACUUAAUACAUGUACUGAAAAAAAUCUGAAUAUAUGAAGUAUAAGACCAAUUUAUUAAAAAAAAAUAAAAAAUUGAAUACUUAAUCACCUUCAUUUUUUUGAGUGUGCCAUAAAAUAUUUCAGAUUCUCAUUUAACAUGAUUUCUUGUUUUUUAACAACAAAACAAAAAACUAAAUUUAGUGUUGUAGUGCAAAAUAUGUUUGUCUAACUUUUAUUUAUUUAUUUUUAUAAUAAGUAAUGCUGUGUGUGCAAGCCACUAUUUAAAGCAGUCAUUCUUUAAAUGACUUUAACAGUCAUCAUUUAAAACAGUAAAAUCAUGGUUAACCCUGGAAGCAUUAACAACUUGUAUAAAAAUAUAUAUCGUUAU